CCCUAUCCCUUAUCCAUCCAUCGUUGACCAGGACGGCGCACACACCGCAUCUCCCCUGGCUUCUUUUCUCACAAAUCACGGCGGCUUCUCUGCGCACAACAGCCCACCAUCGCCCGCAUCUUGUGCUGCGGGUGCCCCGGCGACAGCUGGCUGGAGACCAGGGAGCUACGAGCAUGGGGAUACAGCGCUACGACCCACUACAGCCGGCGGUUGGCGGAGCUGCAUACAACGAUGCCGCCCAACUGGGAGCUGCAACCGGCGGUUUGGCUGGAGCUGCAUGCCUGCAUCCAGCGGCGCUGCUCGACGACGAGCUGCAACCGUUCAGUUUGGAGGUGCAUCCAGGGCGAGGAGGGAUGCAUCCAAUGGCGAACGCCGACGACAAGAAGCAACCGUGAAAUAAGAAGCUGGAAUCAGCCUCACCCUUUCAACGGCAGACCUGCAUCCAUGGACGCCGGACUGUGACCGGCAUUUUUGGGGAGCUGCAAGGUGGGCUAUUUGCUGAUAUGUUUUUUUCUGGAACUCGAGUUUUUUUUUGCUGGAACUGAUGUAAAUUUUGCUUCAAACGAUCAUCGCAUUUCUAAUUGCUGAGUUUGUUUUUUGCUGGAACCGUAGUUAUUUUUUGCUGGAACCGUAGUUAAGUUUUGCUGGAACUAGAUAAAUUUGUGCUUCAAACGAUUACCGAAGUUUCUAGUUGUUCAGUUCGUUUUGCUGGAACCGUAGUAAUUUUUUGCUGGAAUUGGAAUAAAUUUUUUGCUUCAAGCAAUUUUACUCGUUUUGCAGUUUCUCUGGUCGUUUUGCUGGAACCGCAGUUUUUUUUUCUUCUGCCGGAACCAGUUUUUGGUUUUGCUGCAACUGACCAUCAGAGUUUUUUUCGGGUGAGAUAUGUUUUUUGGCUGGAACAUGAUGGUGCAGGUCAACGACGGCGGCAAGCCAGAGGCGGCGCUGUCGUGCUAUGAUCAGCACUGCGAGUUGCUGGAACCGGCGUUGGGCAGUGCUACAUCCGGGCAAGGGUGGUGCUGGAACGACGACAAGAUGAGGAGGGGAAUUCGAGCUGCGAAGUGAGGCGGCGACCGGCGGAGGUUCGGUGAGCGACGACGUGCGGCGGGCAGUGCUAUGCGCGUGGGGAGCGUGCAUUGGGAUUUCCCCUUUUUCUCUCGCAGUCAGUGCACGGAAGAAGGCGACUCAAGGGAAAGCGUCAAUUGACGGCUAUUAAUGGGGAAAUCAGACGGCUGCGCGGUGACCGGCCUAAUUUGGGCCGGUCGACCGGCGCCUAUCAUUGCCCAACAUGUUUAUCUUAAAUUUUUACUUUACAAAGUUACUACGUCGGAAAAAAGUGUCCGCAAAAUCGAUUUUGCGCCGAGAUUGCUGUGCUACAAAUGCUCUAACAUACUCUUCGGCUUGAGAAAACUGCGGCUUGACCUUUCCCAAAUUUCCCCACCUACCUCCCGAGCCCAAACCCCUCUAUUCGCACCUCCGUCCUCCCCGCGGUUUCUAGAUGACUCGAGAAGCGAUGCGGAGGAAGGCGAAGGCCGUGCCGGAGUGGCUGAACAGCCCGCUCUGGUCGACCCCGCCGCUCGCCUCGACCCCCGCCGACCCCUACGGCACCGACUUCUCCCCGCCGCCUGCGCCGUCCCCCAAGCCGUCUCCUUCCGUUCCGCCGCCACCGAUGCGCGAGCAGGCGGUCGAUUCCUAUGCUGGCCGCGGGGGAGAGAUACGAGAAGAGGACGGCGCCGGCGCUGCUCUCCGGGCGCACUUGCUUGCCGACUUCAAGGCCGCGCUGUCUAAGAAGGUGGUGAACAUGGGGGAGCUGCGGAGACUCGCCUGCCUUGGCGUGCCAGAUGGCGGCGGCACGGACGUACGACCGCUCGUGUGGAAGUGUGCAGCUUCUCUUGGGGUAUUUGCCAACUGAACGCUCUUUAUGGCCUUAUGAACUAGAAAAGAAGCGAAGCCAGUACAGUGCAUAUAAAGAUGAGUUUCUUCUAAAUCCUUCAGAAAAAUUACGUAGAAUCGAGGAAUCAAAGUUGUCAAGAAAGAAAGAAUUAACUGGUGAAAGGAAUGGCUUGCUCCCAAGGUCAGAAGUAACUAAUGAAGAGCAUCCUUUGAGCUUUGGUAAAUCUAGCUUGUGGAACCAAUACUUCCAGGAAUCAGAGAUCCUGGAGCAGAUAGACCGAGAUGUGAAGCGAACACAUCCAGACAAGUCGUUUUUUUCUGCCAAGUCUAACCAGGAAUCACUAAGGCGUAUUCUCAUUAUAUUUUCAAGAUUAUACCCUAGUGUAAGAUAUGUGCAAGGGUUGAAUGAAGUUUUGGCACCUCUAUUUUACGUAUUGAAGAAUGACCUUGACACAAGUAACUCGGUAAGGUUCUUCUUCCACACCCAGGCUAAAGCUGUAAAGCAACCAUCCUUUGUGUCUUUGGUUUUUAAAGCAGUGGCAAUGAUGAAGAGUUAUGUAGAACAUUUUUCUCAAUCUGGGUUAAAAAAAAUCUGUGUUGGAUGGUGCUUCACAAUUGUUCUAUUUGAUCAGUGGUUUCACCUUCUAAUACUGUUCAUUAACUCGAUUAUCCCUCUACUGGAAUUGCAGACUUCAGCUGAAGCAGACACUUUCUUUUGCUUUGUUGAAUUGAUUAGUGGCUUUAAAAACAACUAUUGUAAACAUCUUGACAACAGCCUGGUGGGUAUUCGGUCUAUACUUUCAAAGUUGUCUCAACUCUUAAAGAAACAUGACGAAGAGCUAUGGCGUCAUAUGGAGGUCAUUACAAAGGUGUACCCGCAAUACUAUGCAUUUAGAUGGAUUACAUUACUGUUGACAAUGGAGUUCAGCUUCAAUGUGUGUAUUCACAUCUGGGAUGCCAUGUUAGGCGAUCCCGAAGGUCCUCCGGACACCUUGCUGAGGAUAUGCUGUGCUAUGCUCAUUCUUGUCCGGAAGCGGCUCCUGGUUGGAGAUUUCACCGCCAAUAUCCAGCUGCUGCAGCACUACCCGCAAACUAACAUAGAUCACCUCCUCCACAUCGCUAACAGAUUGAGAGGAACCAUGCCCAGCUAGUGAUUGGGAUGCCAUCUUGUCUGUGUGGUGUUCAUCCGGGCACAACUACAUGUAUGUACAUUGGACCCUGUCCAUGAGGUGUAUCAUGACAUCAUGCCAAGUUUCAUCUUGUUCUCUUCAUUUAUGUUCACUUUAAAUUCAAAAACUGAAAACUCCAAGUAUGUACGUAUUUGAUUUUUCUCUGUGUGUGUUUACGGAGUUGUGUGGUGGAGGCACUA